AUGAACCAUGUUGCUAUAUUAGACGAAAGUAGCAAUGUUAGUUUUUGGUCUAUUGAUAGUCAAGAGCAACUCAUAGAAAUAAAUACGACUUAUAUAGAAAAUAUUUGCACAAAAAAAAAAGAUGAUAGAAUAUUUGCAAUUUCAGAUAACAUGCUUACUUCAAUUGGUCUUGAUAGAGUUAAUCCCUACAAUUUUAAAAUUUUCGAUUUUAAAACUGAAGAGGAAAUAUUUCUAACUUUUACGGAUUGGCAAAAUGAAAUUGACUUCUUGUCCUUUACUGAUAAUGGAAAAAUAAUAAUGGUUAAUAAAAAAUUUUACAGAGCAUAUAUUUUUUCAGGUGAAGAUGAUAAUAAUUGGAUUUGUAAAUCAAUGGUUGAACUGAAAUACUUUAAAAAAGUUUUUAUUACGCUUAAAGGCAAAUUGAUCAUAUUUAAUGAUACAAUUUUUGAGAUCUCAAUUUGUGACAUUGAAAAGUUAUCGGUCAAAACUCGUGUUUUAAUAGAUUGGUAUUAUAAACUUGAAUCUUUAGAAAUCAGUGAAGAUGAAAAAUUACUAAUAGUAUGUGCAUAUAAUAAGAAAGUCAAGGAAUCACGAUUAUAUGUCUUUUCAAUCGAUACUGGGAUGAACAUCGCAUUCUUUAAUACACGAUACAUUAUCGAUAGAUUUCACUUGAUUGCAUCUAAAAAAGGAGAAAGAUUACUUUAUGUAUUAGACGAUCCGCCAGAAAAUAAGCAAUAUAAUAUAAUGAAUCCUUAUUAUUUAAAAAAUCCAAUUGAUGCGAUUGAUCUUUUUGAAUAUAACAAAAUUCAAGAAACAUACUUAAAUCAAGGACCAUACCUAAUUCAAUCAGAUAAAAUAAUUUAUAUAAUUGAUGGGAAAUUGUCAAUCAAAAAUUUGGUGCCUGAUAAUUCUGAAGAUUGGAAUAAAUACCUACGAAGAGAACUGAAGGACACAAACAGUACUAUAACUCCAGCUGAAAAGACAAUUGAAAUUAUUAAGAAUAGAUUAAAUAACUGUAAUGAAUAUUUUACUGUUAACAGGGAAUUUGAAGGGUGUCAUUUAAAAUGGGGAUUAGAAUUAAACAGUAACUCAGUAAUACUUACAGUAACUGACUUUAACCAUCGCAAGAAGAAGUGGAAUCCUAAUAACAAAAAAAACCGUCUAGAAAUUCUUCCAUCUUUUUAUCCAGAUGGAAAAAAAUUUAUAUUACAUUGUGAAGUUCUUUAUAAUGAUGAUUUUAUUAUGAUUACACGUAUUGGCGUAAUCAUCUGGACUUUUAAACCUUGUAGAAUCACUGAGACGAAAACCAUUAAGAUGCAUUAUUAUUGGAAUAAUUGUAAUUCUAGUUUAGAGGAAUUCGUACUUGAUAAUAACGGUAGUUUAAAGAAUUUCGAUUUUGAAGAAUUCAAGGAUCUCUUUAAUGACUGGACUCUAGGACGAAUUCUUCCUUCUUCAAGUUAUGAAACUAUCUGUAAAAAUUUAAAUGUCAAAUUUGAUGAUGAACAGCUUCUCUUAUAUUUUUUUAAAGAUAAUAUAAAUGAAGAAUUUUAUUUAAAUUGUUAUGGAGAAAUUCUCAUGAAAACAUUUAUUUCAUUAAAGAACGAUAAAUGGAUUCGGUCUUUAGGCAAGAACUGUAUAGAAAAAUGCAUACCGGAUAAUCAUUUUUUGAUCUUUAAAAUUCCUUUGCUGAGUAUUAUUUUUGAUAAUUUUAAUGAAUUAUCAGAAAAUCAUCCUGCAUUUAUAGCAAGUGUUUUAUCUAUGAUAGCAUUUAUUGUACCUUCCACCAUAAUAAAUCCAGAAUCUACUUCUUCACAUCUUUCCAGCUAUGGAAGAUAUUGUCACUUAACUAAAACAUCAUAUCUUGAUAUGAUAACUUCUAGUCUUUUGAAUCGUUUAAUUAGAUUUCAAAAAAAUUUUCAAAAAAAUUUUCAAGAAUUUCAAAAAAGUCAUCCUCUUUUUCAAAAAUUCAUUGUAAAGCUUUAUAAACAAGUUAAGGGCGUAGGUUAUAGUUCAACAGUUCUUGCAAUUCCUCUACCAAACUUUGUUUCCUAUCCAGACGGUUAUGAUUUUUGGAGUGAAUUAUUAUUACCUAGUUUCAAUAGUUUUACUUAUUCAUAUAAGCUUGAAAUGAUAAAUGAAGAAUUUUAUAGAUAUUUAAAUGGAGAGGCAUUACUUAAGUUUAAAUGGAAUACUUAUGGAAGAAUGUAUUAUUUAGUAAUUUGGUUUAUUUAUACAGUUUAUCUUUGUUGUUUUAUAAUAGCUGCAACAUAUUACAAAACGAUUUCUCAGACUAGUCUGUUUAUUCUCUUAUAUAUUUCUAUUAUUCUUGGAGCUUGGCAUUUUUUUCUCGAACUACGUCAAUUUAUUUUUGCACCAAUAACUUAUGUAUUUAGUGCAUGGAAUUGGUUUGAUUUAGGUGCAUAUUUAUUUCCAAUGAUAUCGUCAAUUAUGUGGCUCAAAGACAAUGUCAUGCCAACAGAAAUUGCCACCUUUUCUACUUUAUUAUUGGAAAUCAAAUUUUUAUGUUUUUUUCGUGCAUUUGAAUUCUCUGGUACUUACUUCUCUAUGAUACUUGGAGUAGCCCAAAGGGGAUUUUCGUUUUUGAUGAUAAUAGGAUUUAUUAUAAUUGCCUUUGCACAUUCAUUACACCUUUUAUUGCGCCCUGCUACUAAUGUAUCAUUGGAUUAUCCAAGCUAUACUAAUGAUCCGAACGAUCCUUGGAAUUUAGCUACAACUUAUAAUACAGUAGAUCCUAAUGGUACAAUCGAAGAAACCUCUUCAAUUAUUGAGCCUCCUACUACGACCACAAAUAUGUUUAUGAUGAUGACUACAGCAAUUUCUGCUGUUUAUAUUAUGCUAACAG